GCUUGCCGCGUCUUUGUCUCACACUCUUUGUUAGCCAUGCCUAGCUUGUUGGUGCUGUCGGGGAUCAUGGAGAAAAACGGGGGCUACGGCGCGGAGCUGGCCGCCUCCAGCUUCGGUACCGAGAGCCUCCUGGUGCCGCCGGACGAGGAGGAAGAGGAGUCGCGGGCGCUGCGGGUGGCGCUCGGCCAGCUCUCGUUGCUCGGGCUCGGGGAAGGCGAGGAGGGCGCCGGAGUUCAGGAGAGGAGCAACAACAACAAUCACAACCACCACGGCCACGCCAACGGUGUCGGAGUAGGAGGUGGUGGUGGUGGUGGUGGUGGAACAGGAGAAAGCGUGAUCCUACAAAGCAAGAGCAAGUUGUGCGCUCUGUACGAGAGCGCUGCUGCUGCUGAGACCAAAACGCGUGGCUGCAACAUCACCGAGUGCGUCCCUGUGCCCAGCUCCGAACAUGUGGCUGAAAUAGUGGGCAGGCAAGGUUGUAAAAUCAAAGCCUUGCGGGCGAAGACCAACACCUACAUCAAGACCCCAGUUCGAGGUGAAGAGCCCGUUUUUCUCAUCACCGGCCGUAAGGAGGACGUGGCACUGGCUAGACGUGAGAUUAUCUCAGCAGCUGAGCACUUCUCUAUGCUGCGGGCCUCCAGAAACAAGCUGGGUGUCUCGUUUAACGGAUCUCCGCCUGCUCUGUUGCCCGGCCAAACCACCAUCCAGGUGCGUGUGCCCUACCGUGUGGUGGGCCUGGUAGUGGGUCCAAAAGGCUCCACCAUCAAACGCAUCCAGCAGCAGACCUGCACGUAUAUUGUGACGCCGAGCCGCGACCGUGACCCCGUCUUCGAGAUCACUGGUUCUCCGGGCAAUGCUGAGCGAGCCCGUGAGGAGAUUGAGGCACACAUUGCCUCACGCACUGGCAGCCUGCACGACCACAACAAUGAGAACGACUGCCUGGGUGCUGAGAGCGGCAUCAAUGGUGUGUCUGAGAGUCGCCUUCAGCAUGCUUGGGGGCUUCAGGGGGGUCAGCGCAAACCGCUCACUAGCAGUUACCGCCAGAAUUUCUCUGAUGCCAUGCUCAGCAGUGGAAGUGGAAGUGUUGGUAUGGGGAUUUACAGCAAGUCCGACUUCCCCAACCCCACCAACGGAGAAAAAACAAGCUCCUAUUUCGGUUCUGAAAGCUCUCAGAGCUGGGGCGACCCAGAUUUUCCCAAACAGGUAGCCUACUAUGUCCAGCAACGCUCCAAGAGCUUCGGGGGCCUGCCUCUGCCCUUGACUAGAUUGUCACCCGGUCUUCCUGAACCUUCUGGAAGCAGCAACGCAGGAUCCACAAGUAUCGGGACUGCCCAGGCACGUCGUGCCCACAGCGAGCCAUCCUCUUCCAGGGAGUGCAUGACCUGCUUUGAGAGCAAGGUAACGGCCGCACUGGUGCCCUGUGGCCACAACCUCUUCUGCAUGGAGUGUGCCAUCCGCAUCUGCGAGCUGAACCAUCCCGAAUGUCCCGUCUGCCACACACUUGUCACCCAGGCCAUCCGAAUCUUCUCUUAAACAAGUUUUUUGGU